GGUUGGCUGCGGGCGGGUGGGAGAUGCGCCGGCCGCCUGAGGCGCGGGCGCCGAGCGAGGGUCGGGGCUCCGAGGGCGGCUCCGGGCUGGGGCCGAGCGGCUGACGCGCCGUGCGGUCAUGGGCCCGAGCAAGCCCUGGGGAGAAUGGUUCCUGAGCCUGCGGGUGCCGCCGGCCGGGGUCUUCGGCGUGGCCUUCCUCGCCCGGGUGGCCCUGGUUUUCUACGGGGUCUUCCAGGACCGGACGCUGCUCGUGCGCUACACGGACGUGGACUACCAGGUGUUCACGGACGCCGCGCGCUUCAUCACGCAAGGGCGCUCCCCGUACCUGCGGGCCACCUACCGCUACACGCCGCUGCUGGGCUGGCUGCUCACGCCCAACGUCUGCCUGUGUGAGCUCUUCGGGAAGUUUCUGUUCAUCAGCUGCGACCUCCUCACCGCUUUCCUGCUCUACCGCCUGCUGCUCCUCCAGGGGCUGGGCCGGCGCCGCGCCUGCGGCUACUGCGUCUUCUGGCUGCUCAACCCCCUCCCCAUGGCGGUGUCCAGCCGGGGCAACGCGGACUCGCUGGUGGCGGCGCUCGUGCUGGCGGCGCUGUACCUGCUCGCGAGGAGGCAGGUGGCGUGCGCCGCUGUGGCCUACGGCCUCGCCGUGCACAUGAAGAUGUACCCGGUGACCUACAUCCUUCCCAUCGCCCUGCACCUGCUCCCGGAGCGCGGCGGCGGCGGCCGCCCGGGCGCCCGCCCGGGCGCCCGCCGGCCCCGCUUCCUCUUCCAGGCCCGUCUGUGCGAAUUCCUCAGGAGGCUUUGCAGUCGGGCCGUGCUGCUCUUCGUGGCGGUGGCCGGGCUCACGUUUUCCGCCCUCUGUUUCGGCUUUUACAGUAAAUACGGCUGGGAGUUUUUGGAGCACACCUACCUGUAUCACCUGACGAGGCGGGACAUCCGGCACAACUUUUCUCCGUACUUCUACAUGCUGUACUUGACCGCGGAGAGCCCGUGGAGCUCCUCCCUGGGCGUCGCCGCCUUCCUGCCGCAGUUCGUGUUGCUCUUGGCCGUGUCCUUCGCCUACUACAGAGACCUCGUCUUCUGUUGUUUCCUGCACACGGCCAUCUUUGUGACUUUUAACAAAGUCUGCACCUCCCAGUACUUUCUCUGGUACCUCUGCCUGCUGCCCCUUGUGAUGCCACUCGUGAGAAUACCCUGGAGACGAGCUGUGGUUCUCCUAAUGCUGUGGUUUAUAGGGCAGGCCUUAUGGCUGGCUCCUGCCUAUGUUCUGGAGUUUCAGGGAAAGAACACCUUUCUGUUUAUCUGGUUAGCUGGUUUGUUCUUCCUUCUUAUCAACUGUUCCAUCCUGAUUCAAAUAAUUUCCCAUUACAAGGAGGAACCCCCCAUGGAGAGAAUCAAAUAUGACUAAUAGGACUCCAGUUCUUCUGCCACUUCGAUUACAUUCUGAUUGUCCUGAAUGGACCAGAAGAGAGCUUUGGGAAACAUUUUUGAACAUCCUGUGCGCUCUAGUGAAAAUUCAGUUUGGAGCAUAAAACCCUGUUCCAACGGAAAUUAAGACAAAUGGUUGCCUUAUUUAUAAAGGGGACUCAAUGACUGAGGUCCACGUCUAGGAGAUCUUAAGACUCUCAGUUAUCUGGGACAUGAUGGGAAGUAAAGGUUACCUGUUGAAAAUGGAAAAUCUGAUGAAACUAUCAGAUGAUAAAAGGUUUUUGUAGAAAAAUAGAGGAAUGUAGUUAGAGACAUAAAGUCUUAAGUCGGUAUUCAUACCAGUUAUACUAUGCUACAGUCCGAAAAUGUCUUUUUAAGCCCCACUUUUUCUUUUUAAAGCUUUCCCAAUAGCUGUGAAAACUCACGGAACAUUCCUAAAGUACAGCUUUUAGAUGUCAAGUGUUAAGUAAUACCACUGUGCUUAGGUUGGGAGAGUUCAUUCUGUGUUAAAAGUGGGGGCUUAGAAAAAGAGUCCAAAGAAUUUAAAUUGUAAUCAUGUUUCACGUAUUUGUUUUAUUACUUAGUUUUUCAGCACUUAGUCUCAGUGGUAUUAGACUACCAUUUGGUUUUAUACAGGAUUAAAUUAAAAUUCACCCAUCUUUAAACUUGAGUCAUUACAUAUUUCAAAAUAGCAUCUUGCUUUUGAUUUUGAAGUCCACAAACCAUUAGGGACAUUUUAGUGUUCUCUUAUACCUCUUUGUUUUUAAUUUUCUGAUUACCUUAAAAUAUUUUUCAUACAGAAUUUAAGGUAAUCAAGUGUAAUCUGUGUUGUAAAAAUGAAAACUAGUAGAUUUUAAGUGAUAGAAAACUAAAUUGUUAGUAAGACAUUUCCCAGCUUAAAAAUACCCCACUUAAAAAAAUUCCAUGGUGGGGCGCCUGGGUGGCUCAGAUGGUUAAGCGUCUGCCUACGGCUCAGGUC